GGCUGGGCUCCGGCACCGCCUUCAGUCCCUGGGCGCUCACUGGCGAGGGUGGCUGGGACCGUUAGCUCGCCAGGCUGGCAGGCUCCGGGCCGCUACUCCACUGGCGGCCGGGAUGGAGACGAUGCGAGCGCAGCGGCUGCAGCCUGGAGUGGGCACCAGCGGGAGGGGCACUCUGCGAGCGCUUCGGCCAGGAGUGACUGGGGCCGCGGCUGCCACCGCCACACCCGCAGCGGGCCCCCCGCCGGCCCCGCCGCCCCCCGCACCGCCCCCGCCGCCGCUGCUCCUGUCGGGGGCCCCGGGGCUGCCGCUGCCCCCCGGCGCCGCCGGCAGCCCCGCGGUGCUGCGAGAGGCCGUGGAGGCCGUGGUAAGGAGCUUCGCCAAGCACACGCAGGGCUAUGGCCGAGUGAAUGUGGUGGAGGCACUCCAGGAAUUCUGGCAGAUGAAGCAGUCUCGUGGGGCUGACUUGAAGAAUGGGGCGCUAGUGGUUUAUGAGAUGGUUCCCUCCAACAGCCCUCCCUAUGUCUGCUAUGUCACCCUGCCUGGGGGAAGUUGCUUUGGGAGUUUCCAGUUUUGCCCCACAAAAGCUGAGGCCCGGCGGAGUGCUGCAAAGAUUGCGCUAAUGAAUUCUGUGUUUAAUGAACAUCCUUCCCGAAGAAUCACUGAUGAGUUUAUUGAGAAGAGUGUCUCUGAGGCCCUAGCAUCUUUCAAUGGCAACAGGGAGGAAGCUGACAACCCAAAUACAGGGAUUGGUGCCUUUCGAUUCAUGUUGGAAUCCAACAAGGGCAAGUCAAUGUUGGAGUUCCAGGAGUUAAUGACAGUUUUUCAACUGCUGCACUGGAAUGGCAGUCUUAAGGCCAUGAGGGAAAGACAGUGUUCUCGGCAGGAAGUGUUGGCUCAUUAUUCACACCGGGCCCUGGAUGAUGAUAUUCGCCACCAAAUGGCAUUGGACUGGGUGAGCCGGGAGCAGAGUGUGCCAGGGGCACUGUCUAGAGAGCUGGCCUCUACUGAGCGGGAGCUCGAUGAAGCCCGCCUGGCAGGCAAGGAGCUGCGCUUCCACAAGGAGAAGAAAGAUAUUCUCAUGCUGGCUGCUGGGCAGUUGGGCAAUAUGCAUUCUUCCAACUGCUAGGCAUCCACCCACAUACUCCGCAUCCUCUCUUUUUAUGUCCUUUCUAAGACUUAGUAUGAUUUCUGUACAUACUUUCUCAAUUUUAUACUUUAAAAUACAGAGAUAUAUAUAUGUAUGUAUAAAUUCUACACCUGGAUUCCUAUUUGCUAAGAGAUCUGUUUUCUUACUUCUAGUUUUUGGAUGUAGUUUCAUUUGAAACAUCUCCACUUCACUUUACAAGAAGAGCAGGCUGUCUUCGGAGCUUUGUUGGCUCUUACACUCUCAGUAAUUCUGUGUAGUCAUUUCAAUAGCACAAAAUGAUUAAGUGUUCAUGUCUCCUUCUUUUAAAAUAACAGGGAGCUUGAAUAAGGACUAUGUGCCCCACCCUCACUCCCAUUCCUGCUUUCUCUUGGGCUCAAACAGGGUAUGAGUAUGAAACCUUCGACUUUGGUUUAUCUUGAGCUGGGCCUACUUGGUACCGAGUUGUUCCCUCAGUAACUAGAUAUUUCCUAGCCUCCACCACCCUCUCCCCACUACUACCUUACUCCUUUGCCUCCAAAUGGUACUUCAUUUUGAGGCUUCCUUACUUUAUUAUUUGGCAGGAAGUGGAGAUCUGGUUUCUUAUUUUUAAAAUCAAUCCUGAGAAACUGUCCAGGAACAAGAGAGGAAUUCGAAACACAGUUCACAAGAGUUUAUCAUCUAAGUUGCUUCUAGGGCAUAGAUACAAUACCAUACUGGUAGUCCAGAUUUCCGGAUGUACUCUACACUACAGAAGGGGUCAGGGUUGAAGUUGCUUAUCUUUCAACAUUCCCUUUUCACUCCUCCUCCCCUUCUCACCCAGCUUAAGCCCUAUAUUUAGACCUUCCUGCCUGCAGAGAUUGGUAGAAGGUAAAACAUAUUUCCCUCCUCUCUCUCUUCCCAUCACUUUGCUCUUUGGAAACAUUAUCUGUCCUGUUUGGUGAGGGCCACGUUCCUCUUACUUCCACGAAGUUGCUGCUGUUUAUGACUUUAGAUGUACAUACCUUAGAUUCACAUUUGUUUUCUUUCUUUUCUUUCCUCUUCCUCACAUUGAUUAUUAGAGCAUGAGCAUCAGGAAAAUUAGAUGAGACUUUUGCAUUGUGGCACUUCCUAAUUGGAACCGUGGGAGACUGCAGGAGGGGAAAGAAAAUCAAUGAUCAGCUAUUUGUGUUUUUAAUUUUGUUCUCUUCCCCCACCUCUCUUUUGAGUGAAAUAGGAGAGAAAUGAUCUGGAGUACAGCUAAAACAUUCCCCUUUGGGAGAACUUUUUGUAGGUCUCUCUGAGAUAUAUUUUCCCCUUGUUUCUCUAAUCUCCUUUAUACUAUAUUAUAGCUCAGUGCACUUUCUUGGGAAGUUUAAUGUUCAUGUAAUUGGACUUUUCAUUUAACAAUUUUACAGUUUGCUUUUAGAAAUAGGUUAGGAAACAGGCCACAGUUUGCUCUUUGGAUCAUAGAGGGACAAGAUGAAAGUCAGCUUUCUUGCUUUUUAAAUGAUCUUGGUAACCAGUAUAUAUGGGAUCAGAGGUAAGGAAUCUAGCAACAAUUGUAUUAGUGCUUGAAAAGGACUUCCUUGAAUUCUCCAGUCCCCAUCUCUGUAUUCCACGAAGCACAUAAAAGGUUGGAGUAGAGGAUCCUACAUUAAAAAAUAGGUGUGUCUAUUCAGUUUUUAUUGAUAUUUAUAAUCCAGAAAUCAUAAACCCUCAUUCCUCCUAUGCUCCUUUCUCUGAGAAGUGUUAAGGGGUAUGAGUUGUGGGAAGAACUUGUCCUUGCACCUCCUGGAUUUAUUGUUUUUCUCAAAUACCAACCAGUAAGAUCUCAAAGAACUUGAGAAAAAUUGUUCCCUGAUCUGUCCACUUUUGGUAUUAAAGAUUUUACUCACCAUUUACUACUUUCUAUGUAUUUUAUAUGUAUAAUUUUAUACAAUUAAAAAUAGAUUUUUGUCUAGUGAA